AUAUUUUCAUCCUCAUGUUAGUGAAAUUUAGUGAAAACAUAAUUGUUGUAAUCUGUGUUCUUGUUGUAACCCGUGUUCUUGUUGUAAUCUGUGUUCUUGUUGUAAUCUGUGUUCCUCAGUUAGGACAUUUUAACAAUGUAUUACUUGGUAAAGUUUAUGUGCGAUGGUAUAUAUCAUGUGUGUACAGAAAAGGGAAUACGCCGAUCUAAAAAUUUUACUAAGGCCAGAUAUGGAAAAUAUUGGUAUGAAGCCAAUAUUUUAUGUGAAAAUCAUUCGAUGAAUGUAUUGAAAGAUAUUUGUUUCAAUUUAAAUGAAAAGCAUAUGGUGGUCGAUUUGUCUAGAGAAGAAAUGUCCUUUCAAGCACUUGUUAAUCUGUCUCAAGAAAAACAAACAUCCUGUGAAAGGAACAGAAUAUUAAAUGAGAUAGUGCUUGAUAUUCCAAACAUUGAUUACAUAAACACUCCAAAUGAACAGAACAAGGGUACUAUUAGUACACUUGAAUGUCAGAACACAGCGGAUAUUAAUAAUUACAUUGGUAUUAUUGAUGAAUCUAAAGAGAAACAAACAUUGUUUCAAAUAGAUAUCACAUCAAAUAACAUGCUUUCUGAUAUCCCAAGUAUUGAAUGUACUUCAAGUGAAAAAAAUAUGGUCAAACAGAAAUCCUCUCAGAUUUCAGUAGAAUCCCAUUCAGCUGAAGAUGAUAUUAGUUUUGAUUUUACUAUGGAAGAACCAGCUCAGAAAGUUGAAAAUGUUAUUUUUGAGUUUUAUGAUAUUGAUACUUAUGCAGAUACAUCUAUAAAUAGAAACUGCAGCCAAAAGGAUAAAGAUAAUAUAUCAUUAUGUAUGUAUUGUGGAAUCAUAUUACCUGAUUUGGAUGAACAUAUCCAAAAACAUCAUGGGCUUCAUUUAACUUCUUCAAGCAAUAAUGUUGACACUGGUUGUAGUCAGAGAAAGAAUCAGAGAGAAUUGUAUCCUAAUAAAAAACACAAUUGUGUUUAUUGCAAUAAGCUUCAUUUCAAGUUGGCCAGACAUCUUCAACGAAAACAUUUUGAUGAAGAAGAUGUGAAAAAAGCAUGCUCAUUAAAGAAAG